GUAAAUAUACUUGUUAUAACAAAGCACUGAUUAGAUGAUAGUCUUCUACGGCAUUAAGGUAUAAGUAAGGUUAAAAAUAAUGUAUCCUAAGUGCCACUUCAAUACAAGUAUAAAGAUAUGGUAAUGAGAUAUAAACAAGAAUUUGCCAUUUAACAACAUUAUUUUAGUAUAACUAAUUGCAAUGCGAGUUUCAAUAUUUCUCCUGUAUACAGUAGCUGCUGCAGUGGCUGUGCCCCGACGUUCAAUGCGUAUCGUUGGUGGCAACACCACCUCUGUUGAGGAAUAUCCCUUUAUGAGUAACAUGCAAUACGGACUGUGGGGAAUUUGGUGGUACCAAUCCUGUGGAGGAUCCCUUAUCACCACGAAAGCUAUACUAUCUGCGGCGCAUUGCUACUACUUAGACAGUCCAUCGUCAUGGCGAGUUGUUCUCGGGACGUCAAUGGCUUCGAGUGGUGGCUAUACGUAUAAAGUUGCAGAUUUGAUAUGGCAUCCUCAUUAUGAUAGUAUUUCUUUGGACAAUGACGUAGCCAUCGUCAAACUACAGAGCGGUUCCAUACUUUCGAGUAAAGUAUCCGUAGCACGCAUAGCUGGACCGAGUUAUAACCUUCCUGAUGGAACCAUUACGUACGCAGUGGGAUGGGGUACUCUUUGGUCCGGAGGUGACCCUUCAGAAGAACUUCAACACGUGGAUGUGAACGUAAUUAAUCAAGAAAUUUGCGCCGAAAGAUACGCAUCACUGAAAGCACAACCGGGGAACGAAAACUGGCCUGAAAUAACAGACGGCAUGUUGUGUGUUGGCGUUCUGGACGAAGGUGGUAAAGAUGCGUGUCAAGGAGACUCUGGCGGACCUUUGGUACAUGAAAAGAAUGUUAUUGUUGGGAUCACGUCUUGGGGAUACGGCUGCGCACACCCACAGUACCCUGGUGUUAAUACUCGUGUAUCCGCCUUUACGGGCUGGAUUGUCGCAAAUGCUAAAUAGAUAUACUAUAUUAACUAGAUUUGGAUUGGAUUUUAUCAAAUAAAAAAAACUUCUCACAAA